GUCAUCAUCGGGAACUGUUGUUAGGCGGACGUGUUGUUUGCGACGGAAAGCGUGACGUGCCAAGACGGACGGCGAGAGGGAUACAGGCCGGGUCGAGAGGGGACACAGGCCGGGUCGAGAGGGGACGGGGCGGCCCGAAGAGCCUUCUAUGAGCUGUGGAGCUGACAGCAAGCCGAGACAUGGCGACCGAUUUCAGUGAGCGCAUGAACCCGUCGAUUUGUGAGAUUGGCAGCAUGUCCCGCGACAGGGACAGGGACAGGGACUGGGAAUCGUUGCUGUUUGAAGAGCUCAAUGAGACCAGUAACAUGUUUGAAGCUUUGAAAAAUAAUCCAUUUGAUAUGAACAUGGAUGUUGAUUUCAGUUUGGAAUUCAUGUCCUGGGAUUAUGAUCCUUGGGGACCAACGUGCAGUUCAUCUCCAGACGAACAAAUGAAGUCUGAGCCUCAAUCUCCAGCUUCAAACUAUUCAGUGCCUUCUCCUGCUGAUUCAACAUUACAACAUGACGAGCUGCUCUUCACUUCAUCACCUCAAUCCUCACCAAGCUCAACAUGUUCUUCCACAGCACAGGAGUUAAAUGUGCAAUGUUCACCUGAAACAAAACAUAGCAUCUUGGAACAAGUAAACGUCCCUUCAAAUACAUCAAAGCAGAAGCCUAUUCAACCAAAGCCCAUCUUCAUUCCAGCUUUACCAGUUUCGCAGUCAAGUCCAGUAUUAUCUGGGAAAACCAUUAUAAUUAAACCGAUUCAAAAUGUUAUGUCCAUUCUGAAAAAGCAGCCAAUUAGAAUCUAUCCUGCUCCUGCUGGUCACCCUGUUGUGGUUUCUCAGCCUACAGUGGUGCAGCUUCAGCCACAAGGCAUUCUUAAUUCUCAUCCUGUGAUAAAUGUGGAUGGUGGAACCAGUCCCGUGGGCACAAUGCCGGUCAGAAUCCUGACGCCAGCCAACAGCAGCAUAAUGAAUGAAAAAGUUUCAGUGACAAAUGCAAUUAUUUCAACUGGGAUUAACAAUAAGAAGCAAGAUGUAAAUGCACUACGACGGCAAGAAAGAAUGAUUAAGAAUCGUGAAUCAGCUUGUCUUUCCCGAAGAAAGAAGAAGGAGUAUCUACUGAACCUGGAGCACAGGCUGAAGUCUGCACUAGUGGAAAAUGCAAAGCUGAAGAAUGAAAAUGGCUCUCUUCAAAAACAGCUCCAGGAUUUGAUGUCUGAGAAUCAGCAAUUAAAAGUUACUGCUCCAAGAAGAAGAGCUGCAUGUGUCAUGGCCUUGUUGGUGUUUAUGGCACUCAGUUAUGGCCCUGCAAGCAUAUGGGAUAGUGAUUCCAGUGCACUGCAGACCACCGUUAGUUCCACCAUCCACAACAGACAUCUGUUGGGGUUUUCUGAUGAAAGUGGAGCUGGAAGUUAUCAGGAAACGCUCACUGAAGGCAACAGUUACAGGAAUGGAAUUUCAAUUUCGGAAAAGAAGGAUCUCAUGGUGGUAAAGGAUGAAUCUCUUCUCUUUGUCCAACGAGCAUGUCAACCACACGUCAACAGGACUGAGUCACUUCGGCUUGUAGACGAACUUCGUGGGUGGGUCCAUCGACAUGAAGUAAUCAGUGACAAGUCGAGGAAAGGAUCCAAGAUGCUUCAUAAAUUAAGGACUUUAUCGAAAUCUGUGGAUAAGAAGACUGAUGUUGCCCAUUAUGUUACAAGGAAGUACACAGACAUUAAUGAGAAAUCUCAUCUUGACAGAAACUCAGGGAGUGAAUUGCAAGUUUAUUAUGCGCCAGACAAGCGUUACCCAAGCUUCUUUGAAGCCAUUCGUAGGAGAGGAGAUACAUUUUAUCUGAUAUCAUUUCGGAGGGAUCAUUUUUUGCUGCCAGCUAUCAGCCAUAACAAGACAACCAGACCAAAAAUGUCUCUUGUUCUACCAGCAAUGAACAUUGAUGACCGUUUAAUCAAUGAGCCGAAGGAUCAUGAGGUGAUGAUGCAGAUAGACUGUGAGGUGAGGGCCACUAGAAUCCUUCACAUCAAGACAUCAUCGAUACCUGCCUUUCUGCGAGAACGCCAGGAAAAUCACACAGAUACAUAUCAGCGGCCAGCACCAACACCUACUCACGCUGCUCCCCCUAUCAUCACAGAAUCUGCACAAGGGACUGGCGUCAACAUGUACCAGUAGUGUAGCACUCACCUAAAAACAUUGUAUUUUUAACCACUGCACUGCUAUCUCUAAAGGUCACUGGUUCUAAGGACUCAUGUAAUGCAUUUGAACAUAAGAUGAUUGGAUACAAUUUUUUUUUAAAUUUGAUUUGAUCGAAAUUGUCACCAAACAACAAACCAAACCGGUGCUUUUUUGUGAUGGUACAAUGCUUUGGCAUUUCUAAUAAGUCACAUAACCAGGUUAUCAAUUUUUUAAUUUAACAAAAACAUAAUUAAUUUAGCGAUCAAGCCUCAAACAGCUAAUAGGACACCGAUCUGCCAUAUAAUCAACAAUAAAGAACUAUAUGCGUACCGGCACCUUUUGUCCACGAAAAAAGCAUUAAACUAAACUAAAGAUAGAC